CUGGGCUUCUCCCUACUAGAAGCCGGAACCGUUCGUUUUAAAAACACGCGCAACAUCAUGAUAAAGAACGUGCUGGACACGUGUGUGAGCGCCAUUGCCUUCUGGCUGCUGGGCUAUGGCAUUGGCUUUGGAGAGGGCUCCAAGGUGUUCGGUUGGAAGUACGACGAUGGCUCGGUUGCAUAUGCGAGCGGGCAGAAUGGAGUUGAUUGGUUCUUCCAGUUCACCUUCUGUGCCACGUCAGCAACAAUCAUUGCAGGGGCGGUGGCUGAGAGAACUCACCUAUGGGCCUACCUCACAUUCAACUUCUUCCUGUCAGCGCUCAUCUACCCCGUGAUAGCGCACGUGAUUUGGUCGCAGGGCGGGCUGCUGGCGGCGAGUCAGAGCAACACGGUGCUCAACACUAUCGGCGUGCUGGAUAACGCGGGGUCUAUGGUCGUGCACGUCACUGGUGGCGUCACGUCAUUGGUGGGGGCGAUUCUGGUGGGACCGCGCAUAGGCCGGUUCGACAUUGAUGGCAAAGUGGUGCCCUUCAAGUGCCACUCCGUGGUGUUCAUAGCAGCGGGCACCAUCAUUCUCUGGGUGGGUUUCUACGGCUUCAACGGCGGCUCGGUCUCUCUAGUCGGCCAAGCUCCACUCCAGUGGGUGCAGGAGGUGGCGCGCGUGUGCGUCAACACAACCAUCUCCGCCUCCUUCAGUGGCGUCACCGUGUGGACGCUCACGUACCGGCGGAGGGAGCCCGUGCCAGAGGACACGUUUAAUGGAGUGAUUGGUGGGCUGGUGGCGGCGUGCGCUACCAGCAGUGUGGUGGAGCCUUAUGCUGCUGCGAUUAUUGGCGUGGUCGCUGGCUUGAUGUACCUGCUGGGGUGCUGGCUCAUGUUCCGGUAUCAGAUCGACGAUCCAGUGCAGGCAGCCCCGACGCACCUGUUCUGCGGGUCGUGGGGAGGCGUGGCAGCAGGGCUGUUCGCCACCAAAGACGGCAUCACCGCCACCUACGGCGUCUCCCCGCCCUCCUGGGGGCUCUUCUAUGGAGGCGGUGGCUGGCAGCUGCUGGUGCAGAUCCUGGCGCUGCUGCUGGUGUACGCGUGGGUGGGCAUCACCACAUACGUGCUUUUUGUCUUUCUGGGCGCCUUUGGUGUGCUGCGAGUCAAGAGGCAGGAGGAGGAGGUGAGACGGGCAGCAGGCGGGGAGUGGCUGGAAGGAGGGUUGGGGUUUCGCGACGGUUUCAAGUGCUUCUUUCUCUUUGUUCACCCCUGCACCGGCUUCUGCUCCUGCAUUCCUGUCCAAUCACAGGUCGGUCUGGAUGUAGCGUUUCAUGGAGGCGAGGACGAGGGAGAGGAGUUUGACAUGGAGGACAGCCAGUACGGCGGGCGGCGCUUCCUCACCGGCCGCUCCAUGCACCACCGCAUGCCGGGAGUGCUCGAGACCAUCGUGCGCAUGCUCAACCCCAAGCGCUGGGGGCGCCCAGGCGGGCCCGCAGAGGCGUUCGGGCAGAAGCGGGACGUGUGGCACAGGGCGCUGGAUAGCACGCCGUAUGGGCAGUUCUCGCUGGCCAUGUAUGAGGCGAACUAUGUGAUGGAGGACACGGCUGAGGUGGAGGGGAGUAGCAGCGGGGUUUAUAUUGGCGUGCAUGAUGGGCAUGGGGGCACUGAGACAUCAGAGUUCCUGAAGGAGAAUCUUUACUUUAACCUCAAAGCGCAAUUCAUGCACCAGGGCGGGCAGGUGUCAGCAGAAGCAGUGAGAGGAGCCUUCCACGAAACUGAGACUGCUUUCACCCAGGUGGUGCGGCAGUCAUUUGAGGCGAGCCCCCAUCUAGCAACGGUGGGAUCGUGCAGUGUGGUGGCGGUGGUGACAGGGAAUGCGCUCUGGGUGGCCAACGUGGGCGACUGCAGGGCUGUGCUGGGGCAGGUGCGCAAGGGAGACGACAACUCACUGGAGUGCCGCGCGCUACAGCUAUCAGUGGAUCACAACCUGUCCUUCGCGUCCAUCCGAGAGAAGUUCAUCGAGGAGCAUGCCGACAUGCCCGAUGCUGUGGUGGAGAAGCGCGGGGGGUUCCGCGUGAAGGGCAAAGUGACGGUCACCCGGUCCUUCGGCGACCUGUAUCUCAAGUCGCACGAGUUCAACCGAGAGCCGCUCUUCUCGCGCUUCCGGGUGCCGGAGCCCUUCCACCCGCCUCUCCUGUCCUGCGAGCCCAACAUCGCCGUGCGCCUGCUGUCGCCGCACGACUCCUUCGUCAUCCUCGCCUCCGAUGGGCUCUUUGAGUUCAUCAGCAACCAGGAGGCUGUCGAUAUCGUCGCCAGCAGCCCCAGGAAGGACAUAGCCCGGCAGCUAAUUCGGGCGGCGCUGCGGCGGGCAGCGGAGAGGCGGGAGAUCCGAUACCAGGACCUGCUGCGCAUGGCGAGCGGGCAGCGAAGGGAGUACCACGAUGACAUCACCGUGGUGGUGUUUUUCUUCAACCAUGAGGCCAGGAAUAAGCAUGCGAAGAGCAACAACAUGACCUGGAACCAUGACAUAUCCUUCAAGGGCGGCAAGGAUGCCCGACUCGCCCUCAACGCCGCAGCAGCAGCGGCUGAACUCACGUCACCCUCGAAGCCAGGAACCAAUGAGGCGCGAGCAGCCCUCUCCUCUUCGUCAGGCUCCCUCGGCCGAACCACCUCGUCCGUGCCGGAGGAUAAGGUGCUUGAAAUAGAGGAUCUGCCAGAACCAGCCUCAACAGAAAUCACGCGUGCCUCGUGCAUCCGCACUGCACGCACGCCAGCGAGCGACCCUGCCGCUGAGAAAGGAGGUACGCGCACGAGCACGCCGCAAGAGCAGGAGGAAUGGAGGCAGUGCGACGCGCCUUCCAGGAAAUACCGUGAGGCGCCACUGCCGGAGUCAAACGGCUAUCUGCAGGUGUUUCUAGACGGGGGCCUCAACCAGCAACGCAUCAGC